AUGUGGUUGUCGAGCUCUAAUGGGAAGACUUCUGCCAUUAGCAGGGGCAAUUACUACUCGCCAAGAUUUUUCCCUUCUGUUAGUUCUCCCAAAAUGAUGCUCUACCUAAUGGGGCACAGCCACACCAUCUCCUACCAGGGCUGUGCCUGCCAGGUCUUCUUCUACCACGUCCUUGGGGGCACUGAGUGUUUCCUCUACACUGUAAUGGCCUAUGACCGCUUUGUGGCUAUCUGUCACCCUUUGCGAUACGAUGUCAUCGUGAACCACAGGGUGUGUACCUGCUUGACAGUGGGCACUUGGCUGGGGGGCUGUCUACAUGGAAGUAUCCUCAUAUUUCUCACCUUUACAUUACCGUACUGUGGCCCCAAUGAGGUGGACAAUUUUUUCUGUGAUAUUCCAGUGGUGCUGCCCCUGGCCUGUGCAGACACCUCCCUGGCACAGACGGUGACUUUUACUAACAUGGAUGUCGUGACUGUUGCAUGCUUCUUUCUUAUCCUGACUUCCUAUUGUCUUAUCGGCUUUUCCAUAUUGAAAAUCAGCUCCUCAGAAGGCAGGUGCCGGGCCUUUUCAACUUGCGGUGCCCAGUUGCUUUCAAUCCUCUUGUUCUAUGGGCCUGUGAUGCUCAUCUAUCUCCAGCCUGCUUCCAGCCCCUGGCUAGGUUCUGUUAUUCAGGUGUUAAAUAAUAUAGUCACUCCUUCUCUUAAUCCUUUGAUUUACACCUUGAGAAACAAGGAUGUGAAAUUGGCCCUGAGGAAGGUGUUAACUCAAAUGGUCUACACUUCUGCAGCAUAA